GCAUUCGCUGUUGACGUGCAGAAUUUCCAUUGCAUGAUCGGAUUCGCUUCUGCGGUGCAGACACAUUGUCCCUUUUUUGUUUCGGGAGUUUAUUCUUCGUUUAUUCUUAAACGUUGAACCGAUUUUUACUGUGAAUUGUCUGCGGUCAACGUCGAACUUUCGCAAUGAGUACGAUUUUGGAAAAGAUCGCCCAAAUCGAGGCCGAGAUGGCCCGUACUCAGCGGAACAAGGCCACGGCUGGUCAUUUAGGCUUACUGAAGGCUCGACUGGCAAAGCUACGGCGAGAACUGAUUACUCCGAAAGGGGGUGGCGGUGCUUCUGAGCAGGGUUUUGAAGUUUCCAAAACCGGAGAUGCUCGCGUAGGUUUCGUCGGGUUUCCGUCAGUGGGCAAAUCGACGCUCCUAUCCAACUUGGCCGGUGUAUACUCGGAGGUGGCAGCCUACGAGUUUACAACGCUGACAACCGUUCCGGGAUGUAUUAAGUACAAAGGGGCCAAGAUUCAGCUGUUGGAUUUGCCGGGAAUCAUCGAAGGUGCAAAAGAUGGCAAGGGUCGUGGUCGACAGGUGAUUGCCGUCGCUCGGACAUGUAAUUUGAUCUUCAUGGUACUGGAUGUGUUGAAACCACUCACGCACAAGGCACUUUUGGAGCAUGAGUUGGAAGGUUUUGGGCUGCGGUUGAACAAGCAACCGCCAAACAUUAGCUAUCGGAGAAAGGACAAGGGUGGGGUCAAUUUAAACACGACUGUGAGUCAGUCCGAGCUGGAUCUGGAUACCGUCAAGUCGAUUCUGUCCGAGUAUAAAAUCCAUAACGCUGACAUUACGCUCAAAUAUGAUGCCACGACGGACGAUUUGAUUGACGUGAUUGAGGGAAAUCGGAUCUAUAUUCCGUGCAUUUACCUGCUGAACAAAAUUGAUCAAAUCAGCAUUGAAGAGCUGGAUGUGAUUUACAAGAUUCCACACUGCGUGCCAAUUUCCGCCCAUCACCAUUGGAACUUUGACGAUCUGCUGGAGAUGAUGUGGAAAUAUCUGGAGCUUGUGCGAAUUUAUACCAAACCCAAGGGGCAACUACCGGAUUACAGUUCACCGAUUGUUUUACACAGCGAGCACACAACUAUCGAGAACUUUUGCAAUAAAUUGCACCGGACAAUUGCGAAGGAAUUCAAAUACGCUCUCGUCUGGGGUUCAUCUGUGAAGCAUCAACCGCAGAAGGUAGGCAUUGAUCACGUGCUGAACGAUGAGGACGUUGUUCAAAUUGUUAAGAAGGUUUGAGCCGCCGUCUGCAUUCAUUGUCAACAUUUU